UUUUUUUUUUAGAAAGUGUAUUUCUCUUUCUUUAUAUUCAAAUAAUAUAAAAUGAGUCGUGGUUCUGGUGCUGGUUACGAUCGUCAUAUUACAAUUUUCUCACCUGAAGGACGUUUAUACCAAGUUGAGUAUGCCUUCAAGGCCAUUUCAAACAGUGGCAUUACUUCAGUUGGUGUUCGUGGGCGUGAUGGUUGUGUUAUUGUCACUCAAAAGAAGAUUCCUGAUAAAUUAUUAGACCCCUCUACUAUUACUCAUGUAUUCAAAUUGACACCCAAGAUUGGUUGUGUUAUGACUGGCAUGAUUGCUGAUGCACGUUCUCAAGUAACAAGAGCUCGUCAAGAAGCCGCUGAAUUUCGUUAUAAAUAUGGAUACGAGAUCCCAACUGACAUGCUUGCAAAGAGAGUUGCCAACAUUAAUCAAGUUUAUACACAACAAGCAGCCAUGAGACCUUAUGGUGUUUCAAUGAUUUUAAUUGGAUACGAUGAUGAGCUUGGACCUCAAUUAUACAAGUGUGAUCCAGCUGGAUAUUUUGUUGGUUAUAAAGCAACUGCUGCAGGAGCUAAACAACAGGAAGCACUGAAUUACCUGGAAAAGAAACUGAAAAAGAACCCAGAAUUAAAUAUGGAAGAUACCAUCGAGCUUGCCAUUACUACUUUAUCCAAUGUAUUGGCAGUUGAUUUCAAGGCAGCAGAACUUGAAAUUGGUAUCGUUACCAAAGACAAUACAGAUUUCCGUACACUAUCAACAGAGGAAAUCGAUGAUCACUUGCAGAGAAUCGUAGAAAAGGACUAACAGAAAAGAAGAAGGCUUUAUAAAUAAACUGUCAAAGUGAAUAUAUAAUAGCAAAGAAUGU